AUGCCCAACUCUCCUGGUUCUCUCAAACAUCCUCCUCCUUCAAAGAAAGGCUUCGCCACAGAAGCCACGCUCCUGGAGACGCUCCCUGACGUCGGCACCACCGUCCACGUGAUGGCCGUCCUGUACCUGCUCAGCAAACAGUCCACAGACUUCGUCGCCCUGGGCCAUUAUCCUGAGGAAUACUUCAGCGAAGAAAUUCCAAAGAGACGGAUCAAGGAAUUCCAGACGGAUCUUGAAGAACUGCACAACUUUAUCGAGGAAAGAAGCAAAAAGCUGCAGCUGCCGUACGUGUAUUUGGACCCACAGAAGAUGGAGAACAGCGUGGCACUUUGA